AUGACGACGGAUAAUAAAGUGAAGCAAUGUUUGAAAAGAUUUGGUUUCGACAAAUUUCGAUCUGAUAUCCAAGAGAAAGCCAUUCUAGCAAUUAUCAAUGGAAAAAAUGAUGUUUUUGUUUCACUUCCAACCGGUGCUGGAAAAUCAUUAUGCUAUCAAUUUCCUGCUGUAUUCAAAGAGGAUGGUCUUUCAUUGGUAAUAUCUCCUCUAUUAGCAUUGAUUCAAGAUCAAGUCAAUGCCUUGAAUGAAAAACAAAUCGUUGCUCGAACAUUGAAUUCCACGUUGAGUCCGCAAGAGAAAAAGAUCGUUUUGGGAGAUCUUAUGCAACGGCAACCAUCUACACGGUUACUAUACAUAACACCAGAACUCGCUGCUACUCAAAGUUUUCUAUCCAUCAUCAAAAAAGUUCAUCAACGUCAAUUGGUAAAUUACCUCAUCAUUGACGAAGCUCAUUGUGUUAGUCAAUGGGGUCAUGAUUAUCGGCCUGAUUAUUUGAAAUUAGGUACAUUGCAUGAUGAACUGAGUAAUGUACCAUGUAUUGCUGUAACAGCAACAGCAUCUCAACAAGUGAUCGAUGAUAUUUACAGUUCAUUACAUUUAAAACAACCCAUUCUCGAAUUUAAAUCAUCAGUAUUUCGUCCAAAUCUCUUCUACGACGUUCAAUUCAAAGACUUGCUUGACGAUCCAUUUGUUAACCUAUGUGAAUUUAUCGAUGAAACAAAAAGAUCAUCGGAUACGCCAUCAAUCAGUGGCAUCGUCUAUUGUCGUACGCGUAAUGCAUGUUCAGAGUUAGCUGAUAGAUUAACCCAAACGAAAAAGUACGGAGCAGUUAAAGCAUAUCACGCUGGUUUAACAAGCGAAAAACGUACACAAAUUCAAACAGAAUGGAUGGACGGUUUAACAAGUAUUAUUUGUGCGACGAUUAGUUUUGGGAUGGGUAUUGAUAAAGGCGAUGUGAGAUUCGUUGUCCAUUGGGAUCUGGCAAAAUCGAUCUCAGGUUAUUAUCAAGAAUCUGGGCGAGCUGGUCGUGAUGGUAAACGAUCCAAUUGUCGAAUGUAUUACUCAGCACGUGAACGCGAUACACAAUUAUUUCUGAUCAAUGAAGAAAUAAAUGAAAAAAAAAUUUCCGAUGAACAGAAAACGUCCAUGUUGAAUGGCUUCAAUACACUUGUUCAAUAUUGUGAACAAGCGAAGUGUCGACAUUUGGUUAUAUGUAAUUAUUUCGGUGAUAUGUUGAUAAAGCCCUGCGAAAUUAUGUGCGAUGUUUGUACGCAACGUGAACUUGUUUCAGCUAAUCUACAAAAUUUGAAAAAAAAGAAAAUCGAUGAUACGAACAAUAGGCGUUCAACAAACCGUAUUAUGUUUCGCAAUGAAGGCAGUGAAGAACAGUAUGAAGGUGGUCGAACUGCCAAUCGACGCGACGAGCGUGACUAUCGAGAUGCCAACAAUGAUUAUCGUUGUGAUACAGAUGAUAAUGAUGCUGAAUUAGCCAAGAUGGCCACUAAACUUGUUCAUGAUGAACUUAAACGACGCGGAGCAACGAUGGAAAGUAAACCGAAAACAUGGGCGGCAGCUAGUGCAAAUUGUCCGUUGAUUGAUCCAAACAAUCGAAAGAUUCCCAAUGUUACUAUUCAACUUCGAGAACACGUUUGUCGAAAAUUGAAGGAAACUUUGAUUGAAAACAUUGAAAAACAUUUUGUUAAUGAUGAAGCACAAAGACUUGCCAAUGAAGGUACAUGUUUGGACAAAGCUGUUUGGCUUGAACAUCAAGUGUUUCUUGCGACGAAAAGUGAACCCAUGUAUAAAAUGAAAUAUAUGUCCAAAUGUAAUGAAAUUACCAAGGCAACAAAAAACAAUGCCAGUUUGUAUAUAGUCGAAUCGAUGCCAGCUAAUACUACAAUGGAAUCAGUAUCUCUAUCUACAUCUACGAAGCGUAAACUUUCAGAAACUGAAUCAGCCGUCGAACCCGAAACUAAAAUACUGAAAUCGAACGGACAUACUGAUGCCGAUCCACAAGACAAUUCCAAUCAGCCGUCAUUGUCACCGAUUAAUAUGGAGAACAAAUCUCCUAGUCGAAAACGAUCGUUAUCUUCUUCUUCGUCAUCAUCAACAUCAUCAUCAUCCUCUUCUUCUUCAUCUUCUUCGUCGUCCUCGUCUUCCUCAUCUUCUUCAUCGUUGCCAACGAAGUCAACUUCGAUUAAAAGUUCGUCAACAAAACCAAAAGUCACAACUACUGCUGAACCAGCAAUAAUUCCGGUAUUGAAACAACCAAAUGGUGAACGAAAGAAGUCCAAAAUACUUCAUCAAUCUUUAACAAAUACAACAUCUCAAUCGACAACGCACUCUCGUCAUCAUCGUCGAAAUACUCUACCUAUCGCAUCGACGAAUUCUUUCGAUGUCAAAGCAAAACAAGCGCGUGGCACGUUGAAAACUUGUCUUGAAUCGAUGUCGAACUUUCUCCAUCAGAAAUUAAACGAACAACCGUCCAUUUCUGUAACUAAACAAUCACCAAACGAAGACUCUACUGCAUUACCAGGCUCUUCUUCGUCACCCUCGAUUGCCAAUGAGCAAGACCAACAGAUAAUAAAUACCAACGCUACGCAACGACAAACAAGUCUAGAUGAUCGUAUUCGUUCACUCCUAAAAACUGACAAAUCGAAUGAAGACAAAGCUAUCGAUAGCAACAGCGAAAAGAAAGAAUUAUCACCAACCAAAGUUCGAAAAUCACUACCAUUACCACCUGGAACAUCAAGCUCGACAACGGAUCGGAAACAUGCAUCUUCAAAGAAACGUAGUCACUCUUUAGGUGACCUUAAGUCCAGUAGUAAAAGAUCAUCAACAGCUUCAUCAUCGAUGAAGACAAAACGAGUAUCAUCUACUACAGCUUCUAGUAGUAGUCGAAAACCAUCAUCAUCAUCAUCAUCAUCAAAGAAAAUCCGAGAUAGUAAACUUCCUGUAAACAUUAAAACAAUAUCCGAAGUUGUUGUUGAUGUUCUUAAUCCAUUUUACCAAGCAAAUAGAUUUUCAUCCAAGGAGUUAUUCAAAACACUUGCUAAACGCAUUUCGCAGCAUUUAGCGUCAAAAGAAUUUUCCAAUAUAGAUGCAGUACGUAUGGAUGCAAAAUCAUUGAUUAAACCAGCAUUUCGGCAUAAGCAUUCAAAAAUAUUAACAAAUGCAGAUUUGGAUCUCAUAGUCCCGAAAUAA